GCGAGUGCGACAACCAGGGAGCAGGAGAAGGGAGACUGGCUUAGGCUGUGAGCGAGCCGCCGUGGUGCAAGCUGUAAGGUACAAGGAAAUGCUAGAUCUAGUGAUAUCACAGAGCCUGUCUGUGACCAGUGGCUGCUCUGAGAACCUGAAAUUCAACCCUUCUCACGGUCACUCCACGUCUCCUGAUGACAUAACAGAUAAAGAAAAGAAAGCUUCGUCCAGAGAUAGUUUUGCACAUUCAGGCAACAGCAAAGAAUCCCAGCAAUUUGUACCUGAACUGAAUUACCCAAGGCAUUAUCCCCAUAUAGUCUCCCCACCAUCCAUCCCAGCGAUGGCCGCCUAUGGACAGACCCAGUACAGUGCAGGAAUUCAACAAGCAGCGGCAUACUCCACGUACCCUCCCCCCGGACAGGCUUACGGCAUCCCAUCCUACAAUAUCAAAACAGAAGACAGUUUAAGCCAUUCUCCCGGACAGAGCGGGUUCCUCAGCUAUAGCUCCAGUUUCAGCACCCCACCCCCAGGACAGGCACCAUACACGUAUCAGAUGCACGGUCCUUCAGGACUCUACCAGGGGGCCAAUAGUUUGACUAACGCCAGCACCUUCAGUGGUCUACAUCAGGAAUAUUCAUCAUAUCCCGGCUUUAGUCAAGGACAAUACGCACAGUACUAUAGCACAUCCUACAACUCCCCAUAUGUUCCCAGUAACAACAUCAGUCCAAGCACCAUCCCCACCACCACCUACUCCCUACAGGAAACAUCUCACCACAUCUCCAACCAGAGCUCAGAGUCACUGUCAGGAGAUUAUAACACUCACAAUGGUCCCUCCACACCAAUAAAAGAUUCAGAAACUGACCGGCAACACAGAGGCUCUGACGUGAAGUUACGAGGAAGGUCCAAACGAAACAACGACCCUUCCCCUGCGGUAGACAAUGAGAUUGAGCGCGUCUUCGUGUGGGAUUUGGAUGAGACGAUUAUCAUCUUCCACUCAUUACUUACUGGAACAUUCGCCACCAGAUAUGGCAAGGACACGACCACAUCAGUGCGGAUAGGUCUUAUGAUGGAGGAGAUGAUCUUCAACCUCGCCGACACUCAUCUGUUCUUCAAUGACCUAGAGGAAUGUGACCAGAUCCACAUAGAUGAUGUCUCCUCAGAUGACAAUGGACAGGAUCUAAGCACAUACAACUUUGCAGCAGAUGGUUUUCACAGCUCGGCCGCAGGAGCAAAUCUCUGUCUGGGAUCUGGGGUCCAUGGGGGCGUCGACUGGAUGAGGAAAUUGGCAUUCCGUUACAGAAGAGUGAAGGAGAUGUAUACUACCUACAAGAAUAACGUAGGAGGUCUGAUCGGAGCCCCCAAGAGAGAGACAUGGUUGCAGUUAAGGGCAGAGUUGGAGUCGUUGACUGAUCUGUGGUUGACACUGAAGGCUUUGAAUCUCAUACAUUCCAGGCCAAACUGUGUUAAUGUGUUGGUCACCACGACCCAGCUCAUCCCGGCCAUUGCCAAGGUCCUUCUCUAUGGGUUGGGCACAGUCUUCCCAAUUGAAAAUAUUUACAGCGCAACAAAGACAGGUAAGGAGGAGUGCUGCUUCGAGAGGAUAAUGCAGAGGUUUGGGAGGAAAGCCGUUUAUGUCGUAAGAGAUGGAGUAGAGGAGGAGCAAGCAGCGAAAAAGCACAACAUGCCAUUCUGGCGGAUCUCCUGCCACGCUGACCUGGAGGCCUUACGACAUGCCCUGGAGCUGGAAUACUUGUAGCACCCCCCCUGCGCUCAACUAACCACAGACGUCCAGCACAGGAGCUGGGGGCCAUUGAUGCUCUGAGUGCUGGAGGCUUAUACCCAACCUGGACAAUUUAUAAGCUUGAGAGACUUGUGCCAGGCACUCCUUCCGCUACUCAAUGUCCUCGACUUGAUGGACAAAGGAGUCAAAUAAUAUUUUUUAUUUUUUUUUGUCUAAUUUAUGGACUUGUCUCAUAUUUUUGUCCUGUCCUCGCGCUCCUUGUACCUUGUCAGUCAGGUGGGCGGGGUCACAAGGAUCUUAUUUAAUAAUUCCCAGGGAGCGGUGCAUCUUGUACAUUAGUUUUGGUUGAUGACUAUUAUACCAUUCUGUUUUCCACUUGUCACUGGGACAUGGACCUUGCAUGUGUCUGCAGUGCGCCUUCUGCGGCCAGCUCUAGUUUUUCUAUAUAAAGCAGAACAUUGUCCUGGAUGAAAGGCGUUCAAUAAAAAAAAAAAAGGGAAAAAUGUUUACAUUUUGGG